CCGCAGCCCCCCGGCGGGGCCGGGAUCCGGCAGGGCCGCGGCUCCGGGAGCUGGGAAACCGCAGGAAAAAUGGGGAGAGCGAAAAAGCAGCCGGUCUCCAUGGAAACCCGGGCGGGCCCCGCGCCGCCGCGGCGAGGCGGGGUGGGAACGGUCCCCAGGGUCCCCUUGUCACCCCUCGGCGGGGGCUGGAGCAGGGACAUGGCCCCUGUCCUGCUGCGGGGUGACCGCGCUGUGGGGACACACUGUCCUAGUGCCCAAUGUCCCCAUCGCACCUGUCAGGGUGGACGGGGACCGGGUGCAUCCCAAAAUACUGCCCGGAGCGGGCAGGAAGGGCAGGAUGAAGCUCCCCAAAGAUGCUGGGGUGGGUCCCCCCCAGCGGGACCCCGUUUGUCCCUGCCCCACGCCGGCAGUGAGCUCGGCCAACUCUCUGCCUCAGUUUCCCUUCCUAAAGCAGAGUCUGGAAGGGGCGGGGGGACUGAUGCCCAGGGGAAGUCACGGUGCCUCCGGCUGCCCCAGGGCUGGGAAGGUCCCGGGGCUCCGGAAACGCUCCAACCGGGACCGGCCGGUCCCGAAAAACGGGAAAUGCCAAACCUGCUCCGGCAGCUCCUGCCAGGGGAUGCACCCCAGCUGCCGGACCCCCCCAUCCCGGACCCCCUGGGCUGGAGGAGCAGAGCAGGGACACCCCCACCAGACGGGCUGAGACCCGACAAACUCAUCGCCUGAGCCUGUGCGGCGCCGGGCUCUGAAAGGCCGCCCUGUGUUGGCACCGGGGGCGAAAGUCGGGGCCGGAGCCAGGCCAGCCAGCCGCCCCCGCCGCGGGCCCGAUCCUGGCCCCGGGGGCACGUCCCGCACUGCCUGUGCCGGCGGGUGCCGCGGUGCUGCCGGUGCUGACCCACGGCAGGAGGAACAAAACCACCCGGAAUUGUUUAGGCCCUGCCGGGAGCGGUGGGAGGCAGGGGGGCAGUAUGUGGGGGAGCCCAGCUGAUGGGCACAGCAUGACACGGCAUGGCAUGGCACGGUACAGCACGGCAAGAUGGCAUGGUGUGGUACAACACGGCACGGUGCAACAUGGCAUGACAUGGCACGGACGCGUUGACCAAUCGACGCUCGCGGAUGGACGGAGCCUGGAGCCUGCGCUGAGGCCGCCGCGGGUCAUGGCGCUGCGGCGGGCGCUGAGCGCGGCGGGACGCAGGUGGGCGCAGCGCCUGUGUUCGGCGGCGUGGGGGGACACCAUCUUCGCCGUCUCCUCGGGCCACGGGCGCUGCGGGGUGGCCGUGAUCCGCGCCAGCGGGCCGGGCAGCCGCGGGGCCCUGCAGAGCCUCACCGGGACCCCCCGGCUCCCCCCGCCCCGCGUCCUGGCCCUGCGCCGCAUUCGCGACCCCGUCACUGCCGAGACCCUCGACCGCGGUCUCGUUGUCUGGUUCCCAGGUCCCCAGAGCUUCACUGGGGAGGACUGUGCCGAGCUGCACGUGCACGGGGGCCCGGCGGUGGUGAGCGGGGUGCUGCGGGCGCUGGGGCGCUUGCCCGGGCUCCGUCCCGCCGAGCCCGGGGAGUUUACGCGCCGAGCGUUCCGGCGGGGGAAGCUGGACCUGACGGCGGCCGAGGGGCUGGGGGACCUGGUGCGGGCGCAGACGGAGGCGCAGCGGCGGCAGGCGCUGCGCCAGAUGGAGGGCGAGCUGGGCCGGCUCUACCAGCGCUGGAGCGAGACCCUCACCCGGGCUCUUGCCCACCUUGAAGCUUAUAUUGACUUCAGUGAGGAUGACAACGUGGAAGAAGAGGUUUUGUCCCAAGUUGAUGCCUCCGUGCGGGCGCUGGAGCGGGAGGUCGGUGCCCACCUGCAGGACGGGCGCCGUGGGGAGCUGCUCCGUGGGGGGGUCCACGCUGUCAUCGCUGGCCCCCCCAACGUGGGCAAGAGCAGCCUGCUCAACCUGCUGUGCCAGCGCCCGGCAGCCAUCGUGUCACCAGUGGCCGGGACAACACGGGAUGUGGUGGAGGUGUCCCUGAAUGUUGGUGGUUACCCCCUGGUGCUGAGUGACACAGCUGGGCUCCGUGAUGCCUCCGACCCUGUCGAGCAGGAGGGGGUCAACCGUGCCCGGGAUCGGCUGCAGCAAGCAGACCUGGUGCUGGCUGUGCUGGAUGCCACGGCAGUGCCCACUGAACUGACGGGGCUGGGGUCUGCCCUGGGGUCCCUGCUGCCCCCCACUACCCCCCCUUGCAUCCUGGUGCUCAACAAGGCUGACCUGCUGCAGAGGGGCGAAAGGGGGGAGGCCCUACGUGAUGCCUGCACCCAGGGUGACCCCCUGCCCCCCACCACCCUCCUCUCCUGCAAGACAGGCGAGGGGCUCAACCACCUCCUGGAGCUGCUGGCGCAGCAACUGGCACAGCUAUGUGGAGACCCCCUGGCAGGGUCGCCCAGCCUGACCCAGAGCCGGCACAGCCUCCACCUGCGGGCGUGCGCGGCCGCCCUGGCGCGGUACCCGCGGGAGCGGGACCUGGGGCUGGCGGCCGAGCGGCUGCGGCUGGCGCGGCGGCACCUGGGCUGCAUCACCGGGCAGGUGGGGGCUGAGGACGUCCUUGACAUCAUCUUCAGGGACUUCUGCGUGGGUAAAUGAAGGGGGGUAUUGGUGGGUUUUGGGGGUUACCCCCCGCCCAUGGUGCCGCCAGCACUGGAGGUGCUGUAGGGGGGGGGUCUUGGCUCCGUGCUGGUAUUAAACCGUGGUGCCUUGGGUGGCUCUGGUGUCCUUCCCCCCACCCUCCCUUCCCUGCAUUCCUGCUGUUUUCCUGGCUGGGGGGGGUGGAAUGUGUCUUGAGUCCUGGGUAUGGAAAAAAGACACUCAAGAGGCCCCAUUUCCUGGCCCAAAGGAUGAACACGGAGCUGAAGCAGCCACAAGGGAAAAGCCACCCUAGGCAUCCCUCCCUUGUGCCAUGACAUGGGUGUUGCAGGGCUUGGUCCCCCCUCAGCAUCCAUCCUGGCCCCCCAAGUGUACCCCAGCCCUAGGGACACAGCAUGGGGGUCUUCCCCACCACCUCCAGGGCACAGCCCCAGCCUGUGGAGUGGUGGGAUCCCCCCAGCUCCUCUGCCCAGCUCACAGCUUUGAGUUCUGUGGCCCCAAAAGUGG